CCUCUCCUGAGGGCCAAGGCUAUUGGCUCAGUGCCCCACUGGGAAGCAGAGGCAGGGAUAUAAGAGGGAGGCACUGGGCCUGUUGUCUCACACCAGCACCAUGGCCUUCCUUCAGCUCCUCUCCUGCCUGGCCUUUGUGGCUGCAGCCUCUGGCUGUGGAGUCCCGGCCAUUGAGCCUGCCCUAUCUGGUCUGGCCAGGAUUGUCAAUGGCGAAGACGCAGUUCCUGGUUCUUGGCCUUGGCAAGUGUCUCUACAGAGAAGUGGUUCCCACUUCUGCGGGGGCUCUCUCAUCAGUGAGAACUGGGUGGUCACAGCUGCUCACUGCAGUGUCAGGACAACUGACAAGGUGAUUGCUGGAGAAUUUAACCUGGGCUCUGAUUCAGAUGAUGUCCAAGUUCUGGAGAUAGCCAAGGUCUUCAAGAACCAAAACUAUAACUCGUUAACCAUUAGCAAUGACAUCACCCUGUUGAAGCUGGCUACCCCUGCACAGUUCCAGGAAAAUGUGUCCCCUGUCUGCCUGCCCAGUGCCGAUGAAGAUUUCCCUUCUGGCACCACCUGUAUUACAACAGGCUGGGGCAAGACCAGGUAUACCGCCCUCAAAGUCCCAGAUAAGCUCCAGCAGGCAGCUCUGCCCCUGCUGUCCAACAGUGAAUGCAAGAAAUUCUGGGGGUCCAAGAUUAAAGACAGCAUGAUCUGUGCCGGGGCCAGUGGUGUUUCUUCCUGCCAGGGUGACUCUGGUGGACCCCUGGUCACCCUGAGUAAUGGUGCCUGGACCCUGGUUGGUAUCGUCUCCUGGGGAAGUAGUGUCUGUUCCACCUCUACCCCUGCUGUAUACGCCCGAGUCACUGAGCUCCUGCCUUGGAUCCAGGAUACCCUGGCCAACAACUGAGUUACUCGCGGGCCAAAGAAAACAUGCAUCUUUUUGUAACUCUUCCUUUCCCCUGCCUCCAAUAAAUA